CAUACGCCCACAAACACAGUUCAAUGAUAGGUGAAAGCAGCGCCGCUCUCCCCAGCAGCAGCCAUUCUGAGUCACUCAUCCACCAACAUCAUGGCAGGGAAAGCUGUUCUGCUCGGACUUCUGCUGGUUUGUGUCGCCGCAGAUGCAGCAGGUCGACCUGGUCUCAUGAGAAAGCCACUUUGUCCUCAGAUGGAGAUCGCGGCAUGUCCCAUGAACUUCGCUCCUGUGUGUGGCAGUGAUGGAAACACUUACGCCAACGAGUGUACCCUCUGUGUGCGGAGCCGAAAAAUCAAGAUGGAAAUUCUGAUUGCCAAGGAGGAAAGCUGCUGAUCUUCUGAGAUGGAGAUGUCAUCCCCAGGAGGCACUAAACCCUUAAAGGAACCGAAUCAUCGAAUGUUUUUGAUCUUUGUCCUUGAUACAAAAAAUAAAGAGUUGAAUCAUUA